AUGAGAGUUUUAAUGAAUGUUGUUUCUUGGCUCUCUCUAAGCUUAAGCACUUGGGGAGCCGUGCAGGGUGACGUUCCGUGGCCGUCAAUCCCGAAGCCUCAACACGCAGCCUCUACUACCGACCCAGUACUCGUUUAUCCUGUUUCGGUCAGUAAGGGCCUGAACAAGGAAUUUAACAGCAAGAAUGUAGAAGAAAAAUUGAUGUUCCAGAACAUUGGAGAUAUCUACACCCUGGAUUACGGCAGAGAUGUCGCCGGGACAAUGAUCUUUAACAUAGAAACGGCCGAGGGAAACCCCCAAGUUGAAGUGAAAUAUACUGAAGCCUUCCCUGGUCUUCUGAAACCUCAAGGCGAUGGCCCGUUUGCAUUCGCGAACGCAUUGGGCGCUACCUUUCGUGUUGAAACAUUCAAUAUCACCCACACUGGAGAUCUAGCUGGCUACUUCAUUCAAGGCUCCCAGCGCUGGCAAUCGAUCAAGUUGAUCAGCGGGAAGAAACUGGUUAUCAAACGAGCUGGAUUCAUCUCUUCCGUUGAUCAGAGUCCACUGAGCACCAUGCCGGGAUACUUCGCCUCAAGCAACUCAACUUACAGCGAUAUAUGGGCACUUGGUCCCCGGACUCAACAGCUGGUCUGCUUCCCCCCUCAAACACAAACCUCGACUUGGGAUAUUACCUCACUUGGCGCCUAUAUCCGUGGACAAAAGCCCGCUAGUACCGCUAAAGUUGUUAAUUUGAGCAACUAUACCCUAUCAUUCGAGACGAUGAUUGACUAUGGCGGCACUGGCUGGCGUGUUGAUACAGAGAUCGACGCUAUCCAAGCCACUGGCCCUAUAUUCGUCCUCACAAGUGAGUAUCCAACGGGAUCAUUUGCAAACAUUGACACUGAGCUUGUCCCGCCCAACACCUUGAUUCUCGGCCGUGGCUGGUCCCUCCAAAAUCAAACCAGCUUGCCCGGAUACGUCCUGGACGAAUUCCCGCUUAAUUUCAACGUCACUGAAAAGACUUGGCAUACUAUACGCACAGACUCACCCGGCGAUGACACGUACACCGUGUUCCUGGAUGGCCAGCGCAUUGCUCAUUUCAACAUCAGCUCCUAUGGCAUCGGUAAUCCAAACCCUUACAUUCCCGGUGGCACAAAUAAAGGCUUCGCAUUUGGGCCGUGGCAAGAUCAGGCAGCAUACAUACGAAAUGUUAAUGUCACGCUCAGCAAUGGGCUCAACGUGUACAGCAAUCCCAUGACAUCACCAGAUGUGCUAGUCGAGUACGGCGUGAAGACAAAUGAUCAAUAUACCUGCUCUGAUUCAGGAAAGCGCGAUCGCUUCUCUUGGUUAGGCGAUCGGAUUGUUUCUGCGCGUACCGUCAUGGUCGGUUCGCAACAGGGUGAAUUCGUAUGGGGCCCAGCCGAGGAAGCAUUCUCCAGACAGAUUGCCUCGGGCCAAGUGCCACCCAACACACUUUUCAGUCCGCUUGAUACGGAGGGGACGAUAAUUCGAACAGCCAAUGUGGACCCGCUGCUCGUCGACUAUAAUUUUGAUUUCAUGCAGGUUAUCUAUGAAUAUUGGAUGCGUUCUGGAAAUGAGACUUUUCUGGAGGAAUUUUGGCCACGCAUGGUCAUGUCGACAAGUUAUGCGGUCUCUCGCUCCCUAGAUGAAGCAACUAAAUUAUACGGCGCGCCAUCUGGAACUCUGGGAACGCCACUUUCCGGAGAGAAGGGACAAGCGCUUGGUCCGGCAAGCACAGUCUCAAUGAUCCUUGGCCUGGAGAGAAUGGCAGAUAUGGCACGCCACAUGAAUGAUAUUCCCCUUGCCAAACUAUACGACAAACAAGCGCAACUAUCAAGGAGCGCUAUCGAUACGCUUCUUUGGAAUUCAACCGGAGGUUAUUAUGCAGCGACACUGGGUGAUUCUGGAUAUGAUUUGAUGGAUAUCGCGCAAGUCCUCCUAGGUGGAAUAGGCAGUGAGCAGCAACAGGCAAGCUGUGUGGACAAAUUGACAGCUCUGCGAGUUCCAGCUGGAUAUCUCAAUGGGACAAGAUUCCUGGAUACGCCAGGCGUGGUUGACCCUUACUACAUGAGCUUUCUGCUCGAAGGUCUGGCUAUAACGAAUCGCACCGAUCUGGCCCAGGAGUUAUUAGAUAAUACUUGGGCACCAAUGGUGAAUCGCGAUUGCAACUAUACCGGGGGGUACUGGGAGUAUAUUAGUACCGACGGCAAGUAUCCCGGCCUGGACCUUUUCACCGGCUUGAGCCACUUUUGGGGCAGCUACCCCACCGUUUUUCUCACAGAAUAUGUACUGGGAGUACGAGCCGCGACACCUGGCUACAGUGAAUACCUGUUUGCCCCGCUGCCCAAGUUCAAAACAGAAUGGGUACACGGCCGAGUGCCGACACCUUCCGGUCUAGUAUAUGCCGCUUGGGGCUAUAACAAGCGCGGGAAGAUGAUGAUGGAUAUAACUGCACCGUCUGGAAUCCGAGGAACCAUUAUACCUCCAUUUUCGGGUACUUAUUCGGACAAAGUAAUAAAUACCAAACUUCCUUCCUCUUCCUUACAUAUCUCUUGUACGAGCACCAUCAAGUCUCAUCAACAAUUCACCAUCUCGUGCAUCACCACCAUCUCCAUCACCACCAUCUCCAUCACCACUAUCUCCAUCAUCACUAUCUCCAUCAUCUCUACCCCCAUCAUCUCUACCCCCAUCAUCUCUACCCCCAUCAUCUCUACCCCCAUCAUCUCUACCCCCAUCAUCUCUACCCCCAUCCCCAUCAUGGAUCUUGCGUCAGUAACCAAUACUCCUGAUUCGGAAUUUUACUAG